AAUUGGUAAAAUGAACUUGGAGAUCAAAUGCAUAAUAAAUGUAUUUGGUGUAAAUACAUGUGUCGUUUAACCCAAUAAAUAAAGAAUUUUGAAUUCUAUGGCUUGCCUUCGAAGUAGAAACGUUCGCUACGGUAUAUACAUACCAUAAAUUUGAAAUGCGUGGAAGUGUAAUAAUAUAGAAAUUGUAAUGUAAUGAUUAUGUGUGUAGUUGUCUGAAAGUUGGGCAAAAUCUAAUCAGGUUGCUUAAGAUAUUUCAAGUAAACAGUUCUGACCUUGGCAGUAAUAAUCUUAAAAUAUUAAAAAUUAAAAACGGAAAUGACAAUUUUUAUAAAAGUUCGAGUUUCAUUAUCUGUUUUAAAACAGAAUGGAAUCCUUAUGAAGUCAAUUUAUGAUUUGUCAAUACAUAUUUUUUUUAAGUAGCAGGUUGAAACAACAGUAAUUGUAUAAAACUAGGCAAUUCAUAAUUCAGAGGACAAAUUCUAUUGUGCAAUAAAGGAGCUUUAGUAUAAUAUAAUGAAAUUUAUAUUUUUUUAUAUAGACUGAUAGGGCAUUUUUUAAGACAUAAUUUGAUGUACUUUGGCCAAUGCGUCAUUAAAAACAAAAUUCAUAAAUUUUGAAAGAUAAAUAGGCAUCGGAUUAGAAUUAAAAAAAAAAAUGAGUUUACAGUAGGUGCACAUCUGGAAAAACUUUAGUUAUGGCUUACUAAUUGAUGAAUUUUCCAUAAAUAUGUUUCCUUUAAUUACCAUGAAUCUGCAAGAUCAGUUUUAAUAUUAAAGGGAAUAUAACAUGAAUUAGAAAGAGGCUGAUUUAUUGUUGUAUUGAACAACAAAAAAAAAAUAUAUAAAUAACAUAAAAAUUUACUCUAAUAUAUAUCAUAUAAUUAAUUUUGAAUUAAAAAAUUCACAAACGUUGUGGUUUUAGCUCAAAAUGAGAAAAUAAGCUUUGCUUUGUUUUUAUGAUCAAAAAAUAUAUUUUUCGAAUAUUCCAGCCAAUAAAAAUUUGUUUUGAGUAAACUAGUGAAAAAGUAUCCAAAUGCCAAAAAGACACCCAUCCAUUUGAAUGAAAAAGUAUCCAAAUGGUAAAAAAGACAUCCAUCCAUUAGAAUUUAUUUGACAUUAUGGAUUAGAAAACAUUUUCGUAAGAAAAAACUGUGAAGUAAUAAAACCGUAUUCAAAUAAAUUAUGAUUUUUAUGUAUAAAUGGAAUUAAAAAAACUACAAACUAUAUAUAACAAUAAAAGUAACAUUUCACCAUGGUAUUACGAUGCAAUUCACAGUACUAACAUAAGCAAAUCUGUUUUGAAAUAUUCCUACUCGUCAAGUUUAUAAGAUAUCAAUUCGCUAAAAUUGCAUGCUAAGAGAGAUGCCACCGGUCCAAAAGUAUUUUUAAUAUGAAAGUUAAACAGUUUUAUGUAUUUACAUAAGCUUCAAUAUAACUACAUAAUUCUAUGACAGUCAGCAUAUAUAUGGAAUAUGAUUACUAAAUAUUUUUUAUUCAAAAAUAAACUAUGUUUUCAGUGUAAUUCAAAUUAAAUUAAAUAUGCCGUUGGAACAAUAAAAGCUUCCAAGUAUGGGUCGGCUUUAGUAUACCGUCCCAGGAUUUCGGUAAUAAAAUGGGUAUGGUCGGAUAGAGGAGAUUAUCCAGAUAAAGAAUAUAUACAGUUAUAGCCGCAGGAAACUUAUAGUUUUCGAGAUAUUCGCGUUUAAAGUUUAAAAUUUGCAAUAUUUUAAUUACAUAUUUUCUAUAUAUAAAAUUAAUUUUGCACUUAUAAAAAGUAUUGCUAAAGAGAGGGAAAAUGUAUUCCCUUACAGCACGCAAUUGAUUUACCUAAGAAAAUUUUAUGUGGUAACACCGUCUACCCUACGUCAGCCGUUUCCUGUUGCUUGUUGGCAAAUCAAAUUUGUCACAUCUAAUUAUUUCAGCUUGUCUUAUAGAAAGAUUAAUUUUUAAUUGCUGUCUACCAAAUUGCCUUCAGCUGAAAAUCUGAAAAAAUGGCUACUUAUCACCAACUAAGUUGUGAAAAUGAUAGUCAAUUACUGAAUACCAAUAUGGAAACUAUUUCACAAGAAUUGAGUUCACUGCUUAUUGGUGGCGAAUUAGAUUCUGUUGGUGCAAUUGGAUUAACUGCAACAACAAACUGCCCUGAGGUCAUCGGAUUGCCAGUGCCUUACGUAGAAUCGUGUGUUGCUCAGUUAAGUAAUAACUGUUUGAAAGAUGAUAAAAGUUGUGGAAAUGUGACUGGAGCAGUUGAAAAAGCUCCAAAUAAUUCCCACACAAUGAACACCAGGGAUGCACACAUGUUGCAGUUAUAUCGUCAAUAUUAUUAUCAUCACCAACUUCAAAAUCAGCAAAUGCAGCAAAAUAAAAGAAACAAGCAACAACAUUUCCAUAUUGGAUCAAAUUUAUAUGGAUCGGCAGCCACAUCUCACUCAGUUGCAAUAGCACAGUUUCAUUCUGCAAUAGCCCCUGGAACUCCUGGGUUGAAUGAUGGCGUAAAUUGCAAUUACAGUUCAGUACCACCUCGAUGUAAGGAAAUUCCACAAAUUCGCUCUUCAAAUGGCACCAACUUAACUUGUGGAGUAUUGCCUAAAGCUUCUACUGCGCCAAAAUUUGAAUUUCACUUUUUACGUCACCAAAAUUCCAAUACUCUUCAUCCGGACACCAGUGCAGUGCCACUUAUUUCCAGCGCUGCUUUCAAUGCUGGCGAAACUGAUUUCUAUCGUUCUGGAAGCCGCAACAAUAAUGGAACUGUCAACAAAGUAAAUGGCGUUAGUCAACGUAGGUUUUCAAAAUACAACGACACAUUGAAGGAACAAGAAAUUGAUUACGACAAAAUUGUAGUCGAUUUAUCCACUCUUGGCCUACCAUUGGAUAACAAGGAGCCUAACCCAGUUUUGCGUCUAUUUGGUCUGCUUCGAAAAAUGCAUUAUUAUUUGAACGACGUUUUACCAUUAAAUGCGUUUGAUGCCGACAUACAAUUGCAAGCAGGUAAAAUGCAGACAGAUGCACAGACAAAGUGUUCCAUGCCUUGUACCAUGAAUGUGCAAUAUCAAGUGAAGCAGGCAGCAAAAAAAUGCACGAUUUUCUUAUGUGAAAUGCAGCGCAUUUUGAACGCAAACAAAGUGUGCAGCAUUGAGUUAUAUAUGGAGUGUGAACAGUCCUUAAAUAAGUUGCGCAAUUUUUUAACACAAUUUGAGACAUUUAAACGAAUCGAAAUGGAGCAUAAACGUGGGCAAUUUGUCACCGAACAAGCACGCACUCAAACACAGUUGCUGGAAAAACUCAUACUGCAGCUCAAUGAUCAAAUACGCGAGGUACACAUCUAUGUGCAUGCCUUCAAUUGGACAGUGGAGCGCACAAAGCGUUCGACAAUAUUUAAUAUAGGACUGAAACAUGAAAUAGUCACACCUAAUAACAACGAUGGCUUAGUUUAUGGAGAAGCAGCAGUAGCCACAGCAUUUACUGCCCGUGAUGUUGCGGGAACUACACAUACAAUGAGCGCGACCAAUGGUGCCAUUGAUCAGCAAACAUCUACCGUAAACGAAACCUAUUUCAACGCUGAUGCGGGUGCCGUUACUAACAUUUUGAAAGAAUCUGUUGCUGAUCGGCGAACUACGCGAUAUAUUGGUGCCGUUUAAAAGAAAAGUGCAAUUUAAUAUGUACAUUUGUGUGCAAAAAUUGUAUAUGUCAACAUAAUUUUUUUAAUUAAUUAUUUUAAA